AGGACACAUUUUAAAUAAAGUUCGUAUAGAUUGAAUGUGACUGUCCAACAUGGCUGCCCUCAUGUUGUCAAAGGUUGUGAAAUCGGGAUUUGAAUUUUUACAAACCUCUUUUAGAACAACGUCUCUGGCCCAGCGAUGUACAACAGGGAAUGUAGAACAGGUGCGAGGUUAUUACGUGAAUUGGAGGAUGCUUCGAGAUGUCAAGAGAAGGCAAAUGGCAUUUGAGUAUGCCAACGACAGACUGCGGAUGAACGCUAUCAGAAAAAACACAAUCCUUCCUAAAGAACUACAGGAGAUAGCCGACAAAGAAAUUGCAGCCUUCCCACGAGACAGCUGCCCGGUACGGAUCCGCAACAGAUGUGUGAUGACAUCACGGCCCCGUGGUGUGAAGCGAAGGUGGCGUCUUAGUCGUAUAGUUUUUCGCCAUCUUGCUGACCACAAUCAGAUGUCUGGGAUCCAAAGAGCAAUGUGGUAACUGUCAAGUGAAUUAAAUUCACCCAAUUCUGUGCUGGAGACACUCAAAGGUGACCUACAAACCUGGGACUAAAGUGACUUCAGUUUUUGUUUUGUUUCGUUAAAUGGUUCAUUAAAAGAUGUAAAAAAAAAACUUGGGAGUUG